AUGGAUAUGACAACAGCGGCCAUGGACCAGGCCCAGGUCUUGUAUGCUCGUGCCAAUACCUCAUCUCAACCGGCAGUCUACAAGGUCAUCGGUAUUACACUCGCAAUCGCUUCGGGACUAUUCAUCGGUACAUCGUUCGUCAUCAAAAAGGUCGGCUUAUUGAAAGCAAACGUCAAAUACAAUGAGGAGGCCGGCGAGGGCUAUGGGUAUUUAAAGAAUCUCUGGUGGUGGCUUGGUAUGACUUUGAUGAUUGUGGGUGAGAUCUGCAAUUUCGUCGCCUAUUGUUUCGUCGACGCUAUCCUCGUUACUCCCAUGGGAGCCCUGUCCGUCGUCGUGACCACCAUCUUAUCUGCGAUUUUCCUGAAAGAACGGCUCAGUUUUGUUGGCAAGAUAGGUUGCUUCAAUUGUAUCAUUGGAGCAACGAUUAUUGCACUGAAUGCUCCCGAGCAAGCAUCAGUCAGUGAUAUUCAAGGAAUGCAACAUUAUGUUAUUGCCCCUGGGUUUCUGACAUAUGCUGGAGUUAUCAUUCUGGGCUGCUUAUUUGUGGUAUUGUGGUGUGGUCCCCGCUACGGAAAAAAGAGCAUGUUUGUCUACAUCUCGGUCUGUAGUUUGAUCGGUGGUCUCAGCGUGGUUGCAACUCAGGGUCUGGGAGCUUCGAUUCUGGCGCAGAUUCGUGGAGAGUCUCAAUUCAAGCACUGGUUCCUUUAUGUGCUGCUUGUUUUUGUCAUUUGCUCUCUAUUAACCGAGAUUAUCUAUCUCAACAAAGCUUUGAAUCUCUUUAACGCCGCUCUCGUCACCCCUACCUACUAUGUCAUGUUCACCAGUUCGACCAUUGUCACGUCCGCUGUGCUGUUUCAGGGAUUCUCUGGCUCUGUAAUGUCUAUAGUGACUAUGGUCAUGGGGUUUUUGACAAUCUGUUCAGGUGUGGUCUUGUUACAAUUAUCCAAAUCCGCCAAGGAUGUUCCCGAUGCAGCCGUCUUCAAAGGUGAUCUGGACCAGAUCAGAGAAGUCAGCGAGCAAGAAGCUUCCGAAAUCGAACCCAAGGCGGAUGCCAUCCGAGGCGCUGCAGCGAUCAUUCGGCGGAUUUCAGUUUCCAGGCAGAAAAUGGAAGAAGAAGAGGCGAAACGGUUUUUCAGAGAGAAACAAGAAGACCAAUUGAGUCAACCCGGCGAUAACGAGAUAAUAGAGUGGGAUGGACUCAGACGGCGGAAGACGGUUAUUGGAGAUCAUCCAAUCAUGACACCUAGAUCGAGUCGUUCUGUCAGAACUCCUCAUCCACCUUUGGGCAUGUCUCGAUUCCCUACUGAAGAUGAAAAUAUGCCGACUCGCACGCCGAGUGGUAACCACUCGUUUCUCAGUGAUGUUCGCAGCCGUGCAUCCACCAUGCUACAAACCCCUCUUCACUGGCGACAACCACAUGAUGAUGACGAGCCACAGACUUCGAUACAUCCCGUGGCCUUGACGGAGAUUGCUCUUAACAAAAACAACAAGCAUGCUGUUGACACUGCUUAUCAUGGAGGUAACGAUGAUCAUUUGGAGCCCCCUUUCCAGCCCCACGCAGGCAGAGAACGCAGCAACACUCCUAGGUCGAUUGUCUGGGCAGAUGAGCGGCCAGACUCAUCGCCGACUCGAAGCACCCAUCUCGCGGCUGAACCACCACACCAGUCUGCACGACGUCAAUUCUCAUUUACCACGUUGUUUGGACGUAAAAAGUCACAUGAGAAUGUAUCGCAUGCCCCAGUCAGCCCUGGUCGUAGCAUUCUGCGAACCACGACACCUCGCCGUGCAGUGAAGGCUGCUACCGAGGAAGAACGACUAGGUCUAGUGAAGGGGGACCGACAAUCAUUGAGCAUGGAACACGACCUUGACGACGACGCAGAUGAAAUGGGAAGCCUUGACGAAAAGAUUAUCCGUUCAUCGUCCCCUGAAAUGUUUGAUCCUGCCAUAGACAAAGCUCUGGAAGACGUAAAGAGGCAGUACAAUACCGCUCGACCUCAUCAAGUUUCUACAUCCUCUUCGAUUUCAACAACGACUUUUCCACCAUACGAAGACACGCAUCAUUAUUAUGAACAACAUGGCCAUGUCCCUCAAUCCGGACAAAUUGGUGGUUAUCACACAAUCCGCCGGGUUUCAUCACCACCUCCACCCCCUCCUUCUCUUCCAACUCGCCCGAACACAGGAUCAUCGUCCAUCUCUUCCGGGAAAAUGAGGAUGAACAACCCCCUUCCUCCCAUCCCAGAUACCACCAACUCUACUACUACUCGAGACCCGGGCUCGGAUUAUGUCCACGUCCCCGUGGGUAACAACCCACCCGCUUAUUCACCGGAACACGGUCAACCCGAUGAUGACGAACAUGACUUCAAUUCCUCCGAAUUUGGCGUCGUAUCUCUACCUUCAUCCUCGUCGUCCACAUCUCCCCCAUCAUCAUCAUCCGCCGGCCGGAGGUAUAGGGAUAGUUACCGUCGACCGGGGCAGAGCCAUACCAGCAACAGCGGCAGCGGCAGUCGAAGCCGAAACAUCACCGGCCAAGGCCAACGACGAAAUCCACGAAGUAACAGUGACAGCAGCACAGGCAGCAGUGCCAGCAACGAAGCGGGCACGCAACGGUUAGUUCGGGAGGAUGCAUUUAUUUAA